AUGUCUGAUAAUAUACAACAUGGACGUCAGAGAAAAGUGCCCAAAGCACUUGGUAUUUUUCUGAGGUGCUUUUCUGCCACUGCUAAGAAAGAGCAGCAGCAAUUGGUACAUGAUCAUGUUGACAACAACACAGAAGAGAUCAUAAGAAGAAGCAGAGUGGCUUCCACAACAGCCGUCGAUGAAAAACCUCUUGGCAAAAUUGCAGAUGCGUUCAAAGAGCUCGCAGACGUUAUCAUCUCUGAAAAUGAGAUUGAGGUUACAGCUUUUUCCCGUGCAUGUGCUUUUGUGGCUCCCCUUUUUGGCAGCAUUGGCUUUCACUUCAAGUUCAUUGAGAUGGAUUACCUCAUGAAGGUCAAUGACAUAGCAGAGGCAUCAAAGUCUUUCAAGACAUUACAAUCUAUGGUUGAUCAUGAUGUAGAAACUAAUUCUGUGAGAAUACAAGGAAGCCAUUCCAGAAAUCUUUUGAAAAUAAAACGUGGACUUGAAUUUCUCAAGGUUCUAUUUGAACAAGUUCUACUCACAGAGGGAAAUUCUAUAAGAGAUGCAGUUUCUAAGGCUUAUACACAAAUUUUUAAUUCAUAUCAUGGUUGGGCCCUCAGAAAAGCUGUUUCAGUAAGAUUAAAUUAUAUUCCCACAAAGCAGCAGCUAUAUAGGAAACUCGGUGAAGAUGAGUCUGCAGCAAAGGUCCUGAUGGAAACUUAUAUAUCGGCAUCCCCGUCUCUACUUCAAUAUAUUGAGAAGAUCUUUCUCGAAAGAGGAUUGGGUAUAGAUUGGUGA